ACUUAUAAUCACCUCUACGAGAGCUCCGCCGCGGGAGAUCGCCGGAAUCCGCCAUGGAUUCCGGCGGGUCGACGUCGGCGAGGGCGCUUCUAGAGAAGCCGCUCGCGGAGCUCACUGAGGAGGACAUCGCUCAGCUCACGCGAGAGGAUUGUCGCCGCUUCCUCAAAGAGAAAGGUAUGCGGCGCCCCUCCUGGAACAAGUCGCAGGCGAUCCAGCAGGUCAUCUCCCUCAAGGCCCUCCUCGAGGGUCGCCCCGACUCCGCUACCACCGCCACUCGCCAAAAGCCACCGCCUCCGCCUCCUCCUCCUCCUCCGCCGCCGCCGCACAUUAACCUCUCCUCCCCGCCCAAGGACCCGAGCGGGGACUCUCCGUCGCCUCCGCCGAAGGCCCCGUCGCCGUAUCGCAGACGAGAUCCGACCCCGCCGGCGUUCGCAGCCGGCGACCCCUCGCUCCGGCCGACCCUCGCCGGAGGAAACCCCCUCCCGUCGCCGGAGAACCGCUGCUUCUCUCCCAGGGCUGCGGCGGAGGUGCCGGCUGGUCAGAUGACCAUCUUCUACGACGGAAAGAUCAACGUCUACGACGGAGUCAUGCCCGAUAAGGCGCGGGCCAUCAUGCAGCUCGCCGCGAGCCCUGAUGGCCGCGAUUUCGGGCCCGGUCCGGCUCACUCCAUCAGGCCGCUGCCCCCUCGCUUCCCCAUGGCUUUUCUCGCACCGGCACAUGUCCGACCCGCUCCGUCAGCUGCCGGCAUUUUUCCACUCGCACCUGCUGGCGCGUUGGGCCGACGAUCCCGGGAGAGUGUGGAGGAGUGGAGAGCCCCGCCGCCCGAGCGUGAACCCGAGACCGAAGGUCCGACGAGCAGAAAAGCAUCUUUGCAGCGGUAUCUGGAGAAAAGGAAAGACAGGUUUAAGGGCAAAAGAAUUGUUGGGGGUUCAUCUUCUUCUGCCAUGGAGAUGAUUUACUUGGGCCAGAAGAUUCAGGAUCAGGCAUCAAAUGAGCAAUUGGUUAGGAGCGACACGAGCUCCCCUAACCACCCGAGACCACCAUCAACACCCACUAGGAGCAGCUCGAUGGAAAACCAGGCAGGAAAGUUACGCUUCUCGGUUGACCUUAACGAUGAUUGUACUAAACUCCAAAGUCUUGAUUGCAUCUCAUUUUUAAACAGGUGGUGGCAAUUGAGAACCUAGUUUCCUUUGCUCAAAGAGUUGCUAAUCCAAAUGUUUCGAUGCAAGGAUCGAACCUAAUCUUUGGAACGGUCACUUUCUUUUGAGAAUUAAGCAGAUGCCCUGUAGUCUGUUAUCACGACUGUCGUUCCCUUGGACUACAAGAGGAAGGCUAUUUUGCAUCUGGUCUAAUGCGGGCGUGUAUACCAGGUAAAUAAGAUUUUAAGAAGAACAUCAUCAGGCUGAGAAUUAUGGUAUAAGAUGGUAAGGCGCGUCUUUAGUCUCUCGAGACAAUCAAUUAGCCAAGAGUUUUAGGUAUUCCGUUUUGGGGUCAGAUGAACUCUUACGCGGGAAUCUGUUGUUGUACAAGGCUCAGGCCUAUUUUGCACUUAUAUGUGUAUCAGUAAUCUUGAUGGUGAUGAGGUGAAUGUAAUUUGAGAUUUUUAUCUUAUUAUUCUGAAAUUAAAUUUGUGCAGCUUUGGACGUAUGCUGCAGAUCUUCUCCUUUCAA